GGACGCGAAACGCGUGUAUUGAAGUCCAAAAACGCACAAAAGCUCAGAUCUUUCUUCCUUCGAUCAGAAAACCAAAACCCUAGAAAAUCAAAUUCCCCAAAAAAAAAAUCCCCAAAUUCCGCCAUGGGAAACACCGAGAAGCUGAUGAACCAGAUCAUGGAGCUCAAAUUCACCUCCAAGUCAUUCCAGCGCCAGUCCAGGAAGUGCGAGAAGGAGGAAAAAGCCGAGAAGCUCAAGAUCAAGAAGGCAAUGGAGAAGGGAAACGUCGACGGAUCCCGGAUCUACGCCGAGAACGCGAUCCGGAAGCACACUGAGCAGAUGAACUACCUCCGCCUCGCCUCGCGGCUCGAUGCCGUGGUGGUGCGGCUUGACACCCAGGCCAAGAUGUUCACCAUCAACAAGUCAAUGGGCAAUAUCGUCAAAUCGCUCGAGUCGUCAUUGGCCACUGGAAACCUCCAGAAGAUGUCGGAGACCAUGGACUCGUUUGAGAAGCAAUUUGUGAACAUAGAGGUCCAGGCCGAGUUCAUGGAGACCGCCAUGGCUGGCUACACCUCGCUUUCGACACCGGAAGGUGAGGUCAAUAGCUUGAUGCAACAGGUUGCGGAGGAUUUGGGUUUCAUCUCGCGAUAUAUUGCCCAAAUAAUGCAUUAA